CCCGAGGCCAGUCCAGAGGAACUCUCGUCGGUCUUUUAGCUUCACUGCUCUUCUGAAGCUGCUGGGUGCGAAUCUCAUUUCCUUUUUAUCUUUCUCUCUCUCUCUCUCUCUUUCUCUUUCACUCGGAAUCUCAUUUCUCUCUCUAUUCCGAGAAGCGGCAUUUUAUCGAUGUAGUCGAAAUUUGGUUGGGAAGCCGUGGUUCUCCAAAUCGUCAGGUAAGUUUAACAGGAGAUGCUACGGACUCAGGCUUUAAACUUGUGAUUUGCUGCUUGGAAACAUCUUUAGUUGCCUUCUCUCAUCAGCAAGCCCCCAAGGAAUCGGUUGUGCUUAUUAGCUUCUGAGUACUUCUUGGAGAGCUUGAAAUUUUUGCUUACAGACUACCUCACGAAAUGGCAGAUCCUUUUCUAACCAAAGAUCCUUCUAUAGAAGAUAUUGAUGACAUUGACUGGACUUCUGAAGAUGAACGAGAAAUUGAGGACAUACCUGCAGUGCAGGCUGCUGCUGCUAAGAUUGAGGCAAGCUCAUCAUCAGUUGAUCCAUGCUCCAAGUUGAUUCAGCAUUUUGUUGGGAUGGGUUUUUCUAGAGAAUUAGUUGAAAAAGCUAUAGAGCAAAAUGGAGAAGACUCAGAAUCUAUAUUAGAAACUCUUCUCACACUCUCGGUUCUUGAGACAUCUCCUUCUGAACAAGAACAACCAUAUAGUAGCUGUCCUCAAGAAGAGCCAUGUGUCAAUGGAUAUGAUAGCUCUUCAGGAUAUGACGAGAAUAUUCUAGAUGACUUUUCUGACGGUGGUAGUUGGUCUGAUGAUGAUGUGGAAAACGUGGUUUCCUUGUCUCCGAAGGAGAGAACACUAUUGUCCCUCACAAAGAUGGGUUAUCUUGCGGAAGAAGCUUCAAUGGCCAUGGAAAGAUGUGGACCAGAAGCCACAAUUGAGGAAUUGACAGAUUUUAUGUGUGCUGCUCAAAUGGCAAGAUCAGAAGCUACAUAUUGGGAAGAAGAGGAUAUAAAGCCGAAAAUCAAGAAUUUGUCUGGUGAAAAUGGCAAACAGAAGAGGAAGAUGUAUGCGUAUGAUAUGUAUAGGAAGAAAAAACAGAAGGGUAUCUUCAAUGAGGAUGUUGAGACAAUUCGCCUACCAAAACCAAUGGUGGGCUUUGGUGUGCCUACAGAGAUAUGCCCUGAAUUUCAAGGAAGAACUCUUCCGGAGCAAGCUAUUGGCCCCCCUUACUUUUAUUAUGAGAAUGUUGCUCUAGCACCAAAAGGAGUCUGGGAUACUAUCUCAAGAUUUCUUUAUGAUGUUGAACCAGAAUUUGUGGACUCAAAGUACUUUUGUGCUGCUGCAAGGAAAAGGGGUUAUAUUCAUAAUCUACCUGUGGAAAAUCGCUUUCCUCUUCUUCCCAUUCCUCCACGGACCAUUAAUGAAGCAUUGCCAUUGACGAAGAAAUGGUGGCCUUCAUGGGAUACGCGCACCAAGCUUAAUUGCUUGCAAACAGCUAUUGGCAGCGCACGGCUGACAGAUAGGAUCCGUAAGUCUGUAGAAGCCUAUGAGGGUGAGCCCCCAUUGAGGAUACAAAAAUAUGUUCUUGAUGAAUGCCGAAAGUGGAACCUCGUUUGGGUUGGAAGGAAUAAAGUAGCUCCUUUGGAGCCUGAUGAAUUUGAAAUGCUAUUAGGGUUCCCAAAGAAUCAUACCAGAGGUGGCGGAAUAAGUAGGACUGACAGAUACAAGUCACUUGGUAACUCAUUCCAAGUUGAUACAGUUGCAUAUCAUCUCUCUGUGUUGAAGGAUUUGUUUCCUAACGGUAUGAAUGUGUUAUCACUCUUCUCUGGGAUAGGAGGUGCUGAAGUUGCACUUCAUAGACUUGGCAUUCGGUUGAAGACUGUAGUCUCGGUUGAGAAAUCUGAGGUUAAUAGGAAUAUUGUUAGGUCUUGGUGGGAGCAAACAAAUCAAACAGGGACCCUAAUUGAUUUUGAUGACGUUCAACAACUGAACGGUGACCGAAUAGAGCAAUUAAUAGAUUCAGUGGGUGGUUUUGACCUUGUUAUUGGUGGAAGCCCGUGCAAUAACUUGGCGGGGAGCAAUAGGGUGAGUAGAGAUGGACUAGAGGGUAAAGAGAGCGCCCUUUUCUAUGAUUAUAUUCGUAUUUUGGACUUGGUUAAGUGUAUAAUGUCCAGAUACCGGUAGUCGUUGAGUAGGUGGAUCUAGGGCAUGUUUUACAUGUAAACUAAUGCCUUAGUUUUAUAAUUGCAAGGUUAAUGUUUAGUAAAUUCCAUUCUUUUCAGUAUAGAUGAAAUGAAUGAAGCAUUUGACAUGUAUAAAAGUAAUUGAAUUUUAUGUGCCUAUUUGUGGCCUCUGAUAUUAUAUACUCUUUAUUUUA